AGAGUGACAGAGGGAGGUAACUGUUGGCGCUGUUUGGAGAUAAAUUUGUUCAAAAGCUGUGAAAAUUUAGGAGGCUUUGUUAACUCGACUGUAGAGUGAGGGUCGCCACCGAAUGACUUUGAGCGGGUGAAGUGAGCGGCUUCAAAGGACUGCUUUCGGGAAGAUGUCUCACAUACUUGUUCCGACGUAGGGGGAGUGUGCAGCAGCCAGUUGGCUUGACUUGCUAGCUAGCUCGGUGAGUGGAGGGCUGUGGGCCCUCCUCAGCCUGAAGUAGCUCCGCGACUAACCCUAACCCUAACCCGGGAGACGAGCAGGCCGGUUCGGACUGUCCCGAAGCUUGAAAGUACACACUGCAGGUAUCGUCGUCUGCAGCCGCAUUGCUGGACAAAACCAAGUGUGGCGUUGCGUUAUGAGCUCAUGACACGCAACAGGAGACAGAGAGAGGAAGAGGGAUGGCGUAGAUUCAUCUUGAUAACAGUUAGCUUGGCAAAUCUUGCUGUUUAACAUGAUCUGAGCUGUGAGAAGCUGCGUCUCUUUCUGACGGAGGAUACAUAUAGCCGACUGUCAACAUGUCGAAAAUGCCGGCUAAGAAAAAGAGCUGUUUCCAGAUCACCAGUGUGACACAGGCCCAGGUUGAGGCUAUAGGUGCCACGGACGACACGGAGAGUCUGGAAGACCCGGACGAGUCCCGGACUGAAGAUGUGUCCUCGGAAAUAUACGACAUGUCUCGUGCCGAGUACGAGCCCGCGUGUGACAGAAGUUCAUCCGAAGAAGCCCUGAAUAAUGUCGGAGAGCCGGAGGCGACCAGUGUCAUGGCCUCAUCACACAUACCUCAACCCGGUCAGCUGCCCGCGCUGUCCAGUAAUCCCAUCGGGGAGUUUCGAAAAGUGGGAGUGUCUGGCUCAGCUCAAGUCAGUCAGCAGCCGCUGGGGAUCGGCGUUUCAAGUGGUUUACCCCUCUCCACUCAGUCUGGAGCCGUGCAGCAACAGUCUGCUCCAGCUGGUGUGUCAGUAAGCACUUCCCAACCUGCUGCAGUGAUCAGCAGUGCAGCUCCUCCUGCCACCUCCACGGUGAGUUGUACUUCUCGAUUCAGGGUCAUCAAACUUGAUCAUGGUACUGGAGAACCCUUCAGAAGAGGCAGGUGGACGUGUACAGAGUUUUAUGAGAAGGACUCGGAGAGCGCUGCUGCCAGUAGGACUGCUGAUAGCAUUAGGCAUGCCAAUACAGCACCAGACCCUGUGGCAGACAGGGACAGUGGGCUCGGGCUUACAGGAGGAUCUGUGGUUGCCCCGGCAACACUCUCUGGUCAGGGAUUGGGGUCGGCGGCGGAUGCUUCUCUUUCAUCAUCCCGCAUGCAGUCAGUUGAUACAUUAUCACAGCAGCAGCUCCACCAUCACAACUACAGCGCCCGGCAGCAGGGCGUGAGCGGGUCGGUCUCACAGAGUGCUUUCUCCAGCCCUCAGCCCUCCGUUGGAGGUGUCCAGCCUUCUGCCUUUCAGAGCGUGUUGCCUGUUGGUCAAAAUGGCUUGCCUCAACCUGGUGUCAACAUACAGAAAUCCCCCAUCAUGCCCCCCCAAGCCCAGCCCAUCUCUUACCCUCCUAAGCAGCAGCAGCAGCAGCAGCAGCUUCCUCUGGGACACCACCUGAGCAACCAGAUGUCUGGACUUCUACAGAACCAGACAGAGUACUAUCAACAGCAGCAGCAGCAAGUUCUUGGUGCUGGGCACUCCAUCCCAGUGUCAAGCCUGUCUGCAGGGCCUUCUUUGGUCAUGCCUCGAGCCUCUGGGGGGGCAUCUGUGCCAAGUCAGGUUGGAGAAGUUGCAGGAGGUGGAUCUGUACCUUCAGGACAGUCAGCUCUGGGCCUCUUGCAGCAGACUGGAGGAAUGGGAGCUGUUGGAGGCUCUAUACUGGUCGGUGGAUCCUCAUACGCAACAGCUGGACAGCCUCAACCUCUCAACCUCCAAUCUACAUCCUCUGGUGUACAAAAUGUGCCUGCCAUCGCAGCAAGCUCCAGUGUGCCCACCACGGUGCCCGCUGCAGUGCCCAGUGCCUCCAGUGCAGCCAUGCCAAAUGUGAUAACCUCCAGUUUGCCUCCAGGUCAGAUUCCCCUAAGCAAGACUUCAGUGGGUUUGGGGGCCCAGGGCCUCCCAGGAGCUGGGUUUGGACUUGCAGAGGGUGGUGUAGGGAAAUCAGAGGGUCUCCUCAAUGCACAGUCUCCUAUCAUCUCUGGGAAGGAAGUGUUGAAGCCCUUCAUGCCUGAGAGCCUGCAGCUUGCCACGCCGACUGUCAACAGCCUGUUUGGAAUUCACAUACCUGUCGACGGGGAGAUGGACAGGAACCCCUCCAAGGCUUUCUACCAGGUCUUCCAGUCUGGCAGCAGAUUAAGGGACUCAAAGGCCCACAGUGAUAGAGCCUCGGGAACCAAUGUUGCAGCCAUUGAUAAUAAAAUAGAGCAGGCAAUGGACCUGGUGAAAAGCCAUCUGAUGUAUGCAGUGCGUGAGGAGGUGGAGGUGUUAAAGGAGCAGAUCAAGGAGCUGUACGAGAGGAACUCUGUGCUGGAGCGGGAGAACGCUGUGUUGAAAUCUCUAGCCAACAGUGAGCAGCUGUCUCAGCUGCCCUCCCAGUCGGCUGCCAGCUCCAGCACCACGCCUCCCCAGCAAGGACUCAGCCAACCUCCACCCCAGGCCCAGGCCCAGGCCCAGCCCCCUCCUCAGUCUCUGCCUCAGCAGUCCCACCCCCAGCUCCAGCACCACCCCAAACCCCAGCAGCUCCAGACUCAGCCUCAGCUUGAUCCCGGCCAACAGCAACAACAGCAACCUAACGUCACCUCUGCUUGAAGUGCAUCUGCCUGCCUCUCAUAAGGCAGAAAAAAAGAAGAGCAUUUUCUCUGCAACCUAUUACAAAUUAGUGUAUGUGAAAUUAAAAGAAGAAAAAACU